CAUAGUCGUAUAAAUGCCUCGACCAUUGUAAACUAAGAAUUCAGUCGAGGUCGAGCUCUCGAGUUGGUUAAAUCUAAAGAACUUUUGUCUGAAUACGACGUUGCUGAAAAGAUGGCGAAAUUGAUGCUGUACGUCUUUGUAGCGUUGCUAGCUGCGUCUCUUAUCAUGGGCGCUCCCGAUAAGUGCGGUCGACAUGGUGACCCUUGCAUUUCUGACUCGCAAUGCUGCAACAAUAUAAAAUGUCAUCGUUAUGCAAACAGAUGUCAAGUUCAAAUUACUGAGGCAGAUUUGAUGGCGCAACGUGAGAAGAUUUUGGGCCGAAAGGGCAAAGAUUAUUAACAGCUAAGUUUUCAGGGUCAUUAGAAUGACGAUUCUGUUAAUCUACAACGAUUAAUCUACUAUGAUCUACUUAGAUUUGAAGACUGUAUUU